UUGUAUAACCUUAACGUGUGUAUUUUAUUCCCCCUUGACCCCAGGAAUGUAUGCGUUUCUCGUAUGACUUGAGAGGUAGGUGUGCUUUGAAACUGGCACUUAUAUUAUUUUUGCUUAGGAAUUAGCUUGAACCAGGUGAAGCAUUUGCGCCGUCCUUUUUGAAAGUUAAAGUUGAUGUUAAUUCGCAAAGUAAUUCGGUAUGAAGCAGAGUUUUGGACCAUUUUAGUCGACACAAAUUAGUGCUGGUUUCUUCUCGUGGUGGGUCAAUUAAAACAUGGGGGGGGGGGUAUGCAGGAUUUGAAACAUUUUGCAGGUGGCAACCCUGAGUACGUACAUUAUUUGGUUAUGUGCUUUUGUGUGACACCAAUUAAAAAUGUUACUUCAACUUAUUUGUGCUUCACGUGUCUUGUAUUUUGUUGUUGUUGUUGACACCCGAUACUACAAUGAUACGAAUUUAGUUUGGGAUUAACCUAUCCUGGUUCUUUAAUAAAAUACUGUAAAGUUAGUAAAACUGAUCAAACUUAUUAGUGCUGCAACGAUUAAUCGAUUAACUCGAGUAUUUGAUUAGAAAAUAUUCAAAUUAAAUUUUAUUGCUUCGAGUAUUCGUUUACAGUGGCGUUGUAAUGGGUGGUUACACUCCCCUCUGGUCUGCCUCAUUUCACAUGGCUGAAUCCAACUGCUCCCUUUUAAGACCAACAUAAGAUAAGUUUCUGUUUGAGGUGUCACUACAGUUGUAAAAGUUACUGUCGACGUCACACGCCGAACGCUGAGCCGAACACGCGCUGGACACUAUGAACUUUGACCUGAUCAAGGGGCAGCCCAUGCGAAUCAUGUGGUGGCAGCGGGACCCUUCGCUAAGGAAGAGCGGUGUGGGGAACGUCUUCAUCAAGAACCUGGACCGAUCCAUUGACAACAAUGUACUGUACGACAUCUUCUCUUUCUUCGGUAACAUCCUGUCUGGAAAGGUGGUUUGUGACGAGAAUGGCUCAAAAGGCUACGGCUUUGUACACUUCGAGACUCAGGAGGCAGCCGAGAGAGCCAUCGUGGAGAUGAACGGCAAGCUUCUCAAAGAUCGAAAAGUAUUUGUGGGCCACUUCAAAUCCCGCAAAGAGCGCGAGGCUGAACUGGCGGUCCGGGCUAAGGAGUUUACUAACGUUUACGUGAAAAACUUUGGUGAAGACGUGGACGACAACAUGUUAAGGGAGAUCUUCAGAACGUUCGGAAACACCACCAGCGUCCGGGUCAUGAUGGACGAAGAUGGCUCAUGUCGAGGCUUUGGUUUCGUCAGUUUCGCCAGGCAUGAAGAUGCCCAAAAGGCAGUGGAUGAAAUGAACGGGAAGGAGUUCCAUGGCAGGAUGAUGUACGUCAGCCGUGCCCAGAAGAAGGUGGAGCGGCAGGCCGAGCUCAAGCGGAAAUUUGAGCAGAUGAAGCAAGAUCGCAUCUCACGCAACCAGGGCGUGAACUUGUACGUGAAGAACCUUGACGACGGGAUUGACGACGACUGCCUGCGCAAAGAAUUUGAGCCCUUCGGCAUCAUAACCAGCGCCAAGGUGAUGACACAGGGCGGGCGUAGCAAAGGCUUCGGGUUUGUCUGCUUCUCGUCUCCCGAUGAGGCAGGCAAAGCGGUAGCGGAGAUGAACGGGCGCAUCGUGGCCACCAAGCCUCUAUACGUGGCGCUGGCACAGAGGAAGGAAGAGCGCCAGGCAUACCUGACCCGCCAGUACAUCCAACGGAUGACCAACACACGUCCCGUGCCCAAUCAGGUCAUCAACCCCUACCAGGCGGCGCCGCCCCCGGCCUACUUUAUAGCGCCUGUGCCGCAAGCGCAGAACCGCACUGCCGCGUUCUUCCCAGCGGCCGCGCAGGUGGCACAAAUGUGUCCAGGACCUCGCUGGGCCAGCGGAGACUACCCGAACCUGCCUACAACCCUGCGGAAUUCGAGUACUAGCCCACCUGUGCGGUCCUCCUCCCAGGGUCCCCGUGGGAUAUCCGGUCAGCGCGUGGCCCCUCAGACACUAAGCCCCCGACCAGGGACCCCACUCACCCCUGUGGUGGGAAGUCCUCAGUACAAGUACGCUACGGGAAUCCGCAGCCCCACAAACCACGUUCAGGCUACACAGCCUACCGGUCACACUCCCAAGCCUCUAACGGCCUCCAUGUUGGCUUCGGCUCCUCCACUGGAGCAGAAGCAGAUGCUAGAAAAAUACCAUCCAAAUAAGCGUUAUCUCCUUCCAUUCGAGGUGAGUGUUUGUUCCCGCUCAUCCAGAGCAUGCAUCAAGACCUGGCGGGGAAGAUCACCGGCAUGUUGCUGGAGAUCGACAACUCUGAGCUGCUCCACAUGUUGGAGUCCCCGGAGUCACUUAGCUCAAAAGUGGAUGAGGCGGUGGCUGUGCUUCAAGCCCAUCAGGCCAAAGAAUCGACCCAGAAAACCUACUGAUGCUCCUCAAACUCGACCCAAGAAUGAGGGCGUCGUGGAGAGAGGAUGCACCGAUUGGAAGGGAGGAAUUUGAGCAUAACACGCGAGAAAACAAAACAUAAAGUGAAAAUCAGAAUACAAAAUAAACAAAAAUCUUAAUAUGACUUAACAGCAAAAAAAAAAAAAAGAAAUCUGAAUAGAAUUAAACGCCAAAAACUCUGAAUAAAAGUAAGCCAUAAACAACGAAAUAAAAUACAAGCAAAAUGACCAUAAAAUAAAAAUAUUACUAACCAAAUUAAAGUGACAAAAUUUAAAUAUUUUUCUAUGAUAGGGUUUUGAAAUAAGUCUUCUCUGCCAUUUUAUAUACAUUUGUAUUCAUUUGAAAAAAAUGUUUGAACUCUGUUAAGACAGCCUGAUUUUUUUUUCUAUUUGUUUAUU